CUGUGUCUCACACUUCUUCAGACUACGCCAUGAAGAAACAACAGAAAACCACCACCGAGUCCGUGGAAGAAACAGAAAACCACCACCAUGAAAUUGCAGACGCAGCAACAAUAUUCACAGACUCCUCAGACAUAUGCCAGCAACUUUUAGACCGUUAUGGCAAAUCCUCCGCCCCACAACACCGCCACCUCUGCGCCACCGCCGCCGUGACGCGCUCCAUCAUUCAAUCGGAGUCAUUGCCCCUCACUUCCUUCUCUUACUUCGCCGCCACCAUCUCCACCAUCGCCGAGUCCUCUAAAACCCUAGAUUCCAAUGGCAUUAAUGCCCUUUCAUCGUUUCUUGCCAUUUUGCUCCCGCUGGUCCCUGAGAAGUCGAUUGCGCCUGCAAAGGCGGCAGACGCAGUAUCGGUUCUUGUUGACAUGCUGGAGCCGCCGAGUGAGGCGGUGUCGACUGCGAGUUUGAGGGCCAUAGUUAAGUGUUUAGGGGUUUUGGUGGGGUUUUGUGAUUUGGAGGACUGGGCAUCGGUUAAACUAGGGUAUGAGGCGCUUCUUAAGUUCUCCAUCGACAAGCGUCCGAAGGUGCGGAGAUGUGCUCAAGAAUGUCUUGUGAAGUUUUUCAAGUCCCUUAAGUCUUCAGCUGUUAUAAAAGAGGCAAGUAAAUUGGUAUUCUCUUUGCUCAAAAGUUACAUGCCGCUGGCGGUUAAAAUAAGUGCUUCACCUGUAGAUGGACCUAAAGAAGCGCUGUCAAAACCUGAGCACCUGGAGGUCCUUUAUAUACUUAAUUUACUGAAACUUAGCAUUCCUUAUCUUUCUUUGAAAGUCAGUUUAAAAGUUCUUCGAGAACUGCAUAAACUUAUGAGUUCCCAGUUCUCAGCAUUGACAAGGCACGUGUUUAAUACUAUUGAGGCAAUUUUAGAAAGUUCAAGCACUGAUGAUAUUUCUCAAGAGGCAGAAGAAACUAUAGAAUCUCUCACAUCAUAUUUGUCUUAUGGGGAGAGGAACCCGAUGGACACACUUAUAUCUGCAGCAACAUUGUUAAAAAAUGGUCUCAACAAACUUUAUUCUGGUGCAGCGAGCAAAUGGAUCAGCAAUUUUCCUUUGGUUUUUGGUUCUAUAGCGGGUCUUCUGACAUAUGAUGCCAGUACAGCUUCACAUGCUUCAAUUAUUUUAAAAGAAUUGAUUAAUUGCCACAUUGAUAGAAGAGGUUGUUUGAUCGUUGAAGACCAACCAGUCGACUGUGAAGUUAAUUCUAGCAUGGAAUCAAGUGCUCUGAAAUCCAUAUGUGGUAUAUUUGAUCAUAUGCUAAGCACCCGUGGUGGAAUUCCAAAUGAGUAUAUCUUGGCAGUUGUAUCUGUUUUGUUCCUUAAACUUGGUGAGAUCUCAUAUAUAUAUAUGAAGAGUAUAAUCCAUAAACUUGCUGACUUCAUGGUCUUUGCUUGUAGCAGUAAGUUUGACACGAAGCAUCUUCAGGAAUGCAUUGGAUCUGCUGUUAUUGCCGUUGGACCAGAGAAGAUACUUUCGCUUUUACCUGUUUCUCUGAAUGCUGAAGAUUUAACUUGUUCAAACAUCUGGCUGAUACCAAUUUUAAAGAAUUAUGUUGUUGGGUCAUCCUUGGGUUUCUACAUGGAACAUGUUGUUCCUCUUGCAGAAUCCUUUCAGCAGUAUUGUCAGAAAGAUAAAAAGAGAGUGACUGGAGAUGAUAUGCAGGCUCAUGCUCUUAGCUGUUUUGAACUCUUACCUGCCUUUUGUCGCUAUCCGACUGAUACUUAUCAAAAUUUUGGACCUCUAGCUAACCUUUUAAUUACUUUUCUUAAGGAAUCAUUUAUGCUCAAAACCAUCGCCAUCGCUUUGCAGGAACUUGUGGAUCAAAACAAAAAUAUAAUUGGAUCUAAUCAGGGUGCUGGUGAGUUUGUAAAACUUCCAAAGACCUGCGAAGUAAAAGAUUCUUCAAUAGAAUUUGAUAGAAAACCCUCUUAUUCAAAGAAAAUUGCGAGCAGAAACAUCAGGGCUUUGGCAUCAUGUUCUAAGGAGUUGCUGCAAGCUUUAACGGAUAUAUUUUUUGACUCAGCUCCUGAGAAGCGUGCAAUUUUAAAGGAUGCAAUUGGAUGCUUAGCAUCCAUCACUGAUUCUUCGGUAACCAAAGCGAUAUUCAUUUCGUCACUUGAGCGAUUUCAGUUCGUGAAUGAUUUAGGUGAAUAUGGAAAGCUGGGGAGUCAUUCCAAUGCUUUACUUGAUAAAGAACAAGGAAGCACGCCUUUUGCUGAUAAAGAUGCAGAGAGGUGUUUGAUAUUGGAGCUAGCAUCUUCUUUUGCUGAAGGAGCUACUGAGGAUCUUGUUGGUCUAAUCUUUAACUGCAUUAAAAAUGUUCUGCAGGAAAGUGAUGAGAUUGCUCAGCAUGAAGCAUACCACACUUUGAGCAGAAUUUUAGAGAAACAUUCUUGGUUUUGUUCUUCACAGUUCACUGAGCUGAUGGAUUUAUUACUUUGUCUGAAGUCCCCUGUUGAUAUUACAUCUCUUAAAAGCCGUUUUGCUUGCUUCCAGAUUUUGUUGGUCCACACAAUAAAGAGAAGUUCUGAUGAAGAAAACACCAAGGCUUUUCUUAUUCUCAAUGAGAUUAUCCUCAAAAUAAAAGAUUCUAAUGAUGAAGUUAGGAAAGCAGCUUACGAUAUGCUCCUUUGGGUGAAUUCCAGCUUGCAGAACUCAUCAUCUGCUACAACAGAUGAGCCGCAGUUCAAAUUCAUUGGCAUGAUAAUGGGCUAUCUCUCCAGUUCCUCCCCUCAAAUAAAAAGUGGAGCAGUGUCUGCACUGUCUGUGUUACUAUAUAACGAUACAAAUGUCAUUUUGAUACCUGAUCUGGUUCCAUCUGUUUUAGCUUUGUUGCAAACUAAAGCAGUGGAAGUUAUUAAGGCUGUUUUGGGCUUUGCAAAAGUAUUAGUAUCUUGCCUUCAAUCAGAAGAGCUGCAAAAUUUUCUUUCUGAUACUCUUAAUGGAGUACUCCCAUGGUCGUCUGUCUCGCGGCAUCAUUUUAGAUCAAAGGUCACAGUCGUACUGGAGAUCAUGAUACGGAAGUGUGGUUUUGCUGCAGUAGAGUUGGUUACACCAAAGAAAUAUAUGGGUUUUGUCAAGGAUAUUUUGAAGAGUCAUCAUGGCAAGAUAAAUUUCAAGGAUAGUGGCACUACUGUUGUUGAGCGAAAUGUUCCAGAACCAUCUCUGAGGAGGCAGCGGAAGAGGAAGCACAUGGAAUCAGAUAUUUCGACUGAGGGAAAUGGUUCAGUUGAACUAGGAAAGAGGAAGUGGGUGAAGAACCGUGAUGUUAUCACCCCUACAACUAAUGAACCUCAUAAAUCUGCUGGCUUUGACGAUGGUGCUAAAAGGAUGAAGAAAGCUAGACAUCUUGAUCAUGCAUCGGUGGCAGGACGAGCAAACAAAAAGGGGAAUUUCAACAGGCAUCCCUUAGAUAGUGGAAAGAGAAAGAUGGAGUGGACGAAAACGAGCAAAAAUAAUGAAGCAGCUGUUCGUAAGUCUGCUGCUGCUUCGAAAUCCCCCAUGCACAAAAAAUCGAGGAGAUAACAUAAUUUUAGUUAAUGAGCGUGGAGGUGCAAGAGUUUGGGACUUCUAUGCUUCCGAGGAGUAUGGCAAGAACCACAAAAAAAAAUUGGCCUUCUCUUCAAGUAGUGGAAAAUGAGGUUGGGGCUUCUAGAGGAUACCGCUUGCUCUUCUAUGCAACGGCCAUUGUUAACAAAACAAAUAGAUAUGUGGCUUAUUGGUCUCAGUUCCGAGCAGGAUGGGCAUUCUCUGUGAAUUGCAAUGCUCAUAUGUUUGGAGUGUUGGGAAAAAGCCCGACUGUAGAAUUUUUAAAGCUGAGGGAGAAAGGUGUUAUGUAUGUUUGAGAAGACUAAAAACUUUAAUUUAAUAUCCGUCUAUCCGUGUCCGGUAUUGGUAGCAAGUUUUGUACGUAAUAUAUUUCUGGCUUUUUUUUAUUAUUAUUAUUUUUUUGCGGAUCGAUAUUCGAUGGGGGCUGGUGAUUGAUUUUUGUUACUUUUUAAACAUUUGUAUUUUUUAUAUUAUGAUAAAAAUAUUUCCUUUUAUAUCAUCAA